CUGCUCAGUCGCAGCGCUGCAGUCGUGCGCGACGCACAGGAGUCGCUCGCUCGUUGCCACCUGCCAGUAUGGCUCGCAGCGCCGCACGCGUUUGCGGCGCCCCAUACCACUACAGCACUGCCGUGACGUCACUCAUCAGCAGCCAGUGCCUUCUGUGACACUACACGUAGCGCGAUUAGGAGACAACAAGCUGCGCGUCCUUAACUAACGGUCUCUCUUUCCCUCUCUCUCUCUCUCUCUCUCUCUCUCUCUCUCUCUCUCUCUCUGUCUCCUGCUCCGGCUAAAGGACCGGCUCCGACACUGUUUACUUCUCCCUGCGAGUGAACAGCUACCGCGAUAUCGCCGUCCCCAGAUACGACGAGACCGUGGCGGAUUAUAAAAACGGUGACGCGGUCGCGUCGCGGUCAGUCAACAAGCAAGCGACACCUGCUGUGGUAGUUCCGCGCCCGGCAAUUUGUACCGACACUCGCUCUUAUCGGUACCGAGGAAAACAAACAGCAGAGGACGAUUCCGCUGUAGGGCAUAGUGGUUGCAGUGUUUACGUCUGGUGCGGCGCAGACGAGUAGCUAGUGUGUCAGCCUGUGCGUCGAGUCGUGCGCGAGAGCUUCAGUGCGGUAUUAAUAGAACAGUUCCGAGCAGGAGCCGAAGAUGCUGAUCCGCGAGCUGGAGGCUGGCGCGCACAACUUCACGGUGCUGGUGGCGGAGGUGGCUUCGGCCGGCGGCGGCCUGGAGCUGGCCCUGCCUGGCGACGACGACGUGGACGGGGCGCCCGGGGAGCCGCCGUACGGGCAGACAGACGCCGCCGCCGACGACUACGAGCGCAUCAUGGCGGACGUGUGGGUGGGCGCCGUGCUCACGCUGCUCAUCUUCAGCUGCAUCUGCUGCGUCUGCUCGUGCCUGCUCUACCACAAGUUCCGACAGUGGAAGACCAGAGCAGUGCAGGCACGCAGCCUGGCGGAGGCGGCGUCUGCGGUGGGGCGUGGCGCGGCGGCGGCGGCGCCGGGGGCGGAGGCGGUAGCGCCGGCGGGCGAGCUGGAGUCGCUGCCCAGCUACACGAUCGUGUCCGGACUGCCCUCGUACGACGAGGCCCUGGACCAGCUGCGGCGCACGCGGCUGCAGCUGACCCAGCCGGACCAACCCGCCAAGCUGUCCGCCGAGGAGCUGUUCGCCACGUACAAGGUGUACCAGGUGUCGUAACGCAGGCCGCGCCGCCUCCCAGGGAGGUGGCUGCCGCUCUGCACAUCACCCCGCAUUCCUCCGCGUCGCCCGCGUGGUGUGUGGCUGCUCUGCAAGAUCUCUGCGCUCAGAAGACUGGAUCCGUGUGACAUUUUACCAGACACCGGGGAGUGUACUGACCAGUAGUGGUAUUUUCAGACCACUUGGCCUUUUUGUCUCGUUUGACAGUCUGUGCAGACCCCGCAUAUGCAAAGACAAUUGCAUCGAGCGAGGUCGAGGCAUUUGUUCUUGCAAACCACAAAUGGAUACUGCACAUCUCUAUCAUUUUAGAAGAAAACACAUUAUUAGGGAAGGUUUUUUCCACGCAAGAAUACAUUUUGUCAUCGUAUGGCCUGUCCACAAGUGCAGCCGUACCAUCUUGAAAUUAUUUAUGCCACUCCGAGAUGGGGUUACUGUCGAAGUUCUCUUAUCCUUGCAGAGUUUACUUCUGCUGUGAAUGCAAUGUAGGCCUACUACAAAUCAGUCGAAGAAUGGAAAUGGAAAACUUUCUAAAUGCCACAAAAUGCGUUUUCGGAGCUAUUGUGUUCUCCGGACUCUGUUGCGUGUCCCUAGACUUGAUCCAGGUGCCCACCCACGGAGAAGUCAUUCAAACAUGCCUGAGUAGAUGGCGUAUAGUCUCUGGUUUUUGUCGAUCGCACUUCCACUAGUUGUAAACCUAAUGCUUUAUUCUGAACUUGUAUUACCGCAAAAAGUGCUGCCUCUGUCUUAAUGAAGCUUGGAGCAAAAACUUUCGUCCUUCUAUUAUAUCGAAAACUAACGUUUUUGAGACCGUGGCUGCGUACAAAAUACAACCCGAUUCUUGCAGAGAAGGUAACAGCAACCAGCCACUGUUAACAAUGCUGUUUAUUUACAUAAUUUGUGCCAUUACCAGUGCAUCUUCAGACAGCUGUUCACGCUUAUAUUUGCUGUUGUUUACAUUAGUUAUUGGCUGUUGGGGGCAACAGGGAGACUUGCUGGCUCCUAAAAUAUGGGGUAUUAAAAAGUUCUCGCACAUUUCCAGCGAUAAUUCUUUGAUUAUACUAAAUCACCGAUUUUGCAUUAUUGAGCGCUAUAGGAAAUUCUGUGUUUUUAAAAAAGUUUGUUCCUCUUUCUCCACUUUGAGUAUUAAGUCCGAAUUUUUCCUAUUUCAUUUUUUCUUAAUUCUCAGUAAAAUCUUAAAAUAAUUUGUUUAUUACUAUAAAAAUACUAAUGAAAUAGGCUCACCAUAUUGGCAUCGUAUUAAUAUACCGUAUAAACAUUGAGUGGCUACCUAUCAGUCCUAUGAGAUACAAAACAUAUUUAAUCAUUCCCUUUAAAUUUAUUUGUGAGGACACUAACCAAACUCACCGAAUCACUUGUAUAUAAAAAUAGUAACAUUAGAAUCUUGCUUCCACUUGAAUAAAUUGCUGCAGGCGCCCAUCUUAGAAUUCAUCAGUUUCCCUUGUAUCACUUACAAUUUUCCUAAUGAAGUAUUUAUUUUCUAAUUUGUUUCCAUAUUUUUUCGGUGAUGUGAUGAGCAGCAUACUUCUGUGGUAUCACAACACCUUUUCAAAUUUCUGAAUACAGAUCAGUUAUGUACAAAAAGAGAUAAAUAGCCGUUUCAUUUUCCUGACAAAUGUCAGAUUUGGCACUUAGAAUGUUUUCCAUUUCCAUUCUUCAAUUAUUUAUUGCUUGAAGAGUGCGAAAACACUAAUUAACAGAAGGGUGAAUGUUAUGGAGGACAUGUCUGAUGUAGGUGCCAUCUGCCAAAGUCUUUCAAAUAACUGACGAAUAAAUGUGAUCUUUCAGGCUUUCUCAGUCAAAUUGUUAGUCUUCAUAGUUUCUAACUUGCAACAAAGAUAGUUUUGUCAUUCCCCAUAAUGUGUCGACACCUUUCCUUCUUGUUUUCUUCAGGUUAUCAAAUACAAAUCCCAGUUUUUUUUUGCUGCCAGUUAUCCUUUUGGUUUUGUCAAAAAUUCAAACAGCGAGCUGGCAGUAGUAUAAGAUUCCAUUGAAACAUCGAUUGGAGCUGCUGAGCUGUGUCAUUUACUUUCUUUAGUAAAAAAAUUAAUUUCCCUUUGAUAGCCCUGUUCCUGAUGACCGUCUAUUCAAACAUAAUCGAAGUCAGUCACUAAACUCUAUCACCCAUCAUAUGUGAAUACAUGGUCAUUAAGUAUGCAGUUGUUACAAGGAAAUACACUUUGUCAAUAAAGAGAAGCGACGAGACACCAACAUAGUCACUUUAUAAACUUAUAGAAAGCAAGUAGGAAAGCUGUUGAAAUAUUGUGGGAAAAUUAAACUCAAUUAAAAAAUUGAAAAAUCCAGAGGUUAACUUGGGCAAACAUAGAUGUUAACACUACCUCAUGUUUCCCAGUGGAUCUGUUAUACGAAGUGAUAUCUGCUUUGUUUUUGUACAGUAUACAAGCGUGCGUCUUUUUCUAAUUCAUUCUUGUUUAAUUUGAAAUUUAUUUCCCUUUCAGAAAAGAUACUUAUAUAAUGUUAUGAUAAUAAAGUCUCAUAUCACUGAAAUAUUCUUGUGAACUUGUGUUAAGUAGCAAGAAAAUACAAGUGCAAAUUCGCAAAUGAUAUUUGUUACGUUCUUUACCUGUAAACUUUUAUUUACAGCCAAUUCAAAAUAUUUUACAUUAAGUCUUCUGUUUCAGAGAAGAAUGUACUGCAAGUAUCUGCUAAAUAUAGAUAUAAUAUUUGCUCAGUAUCACCAGAAUUAAAAAAAAUUCUCAUCAUUGAAUUUCGUUCAUAAAUUGCUGUAAGAGAGAAUAUGAAAGAUUUUAUUAAUUAACAUGAAGUUAAUUUUUCUUUCUUUCUUCGUUUUUGUCUCUUGUGUAUACUGAAAUAUAUAUUACGCAGAGAUUAUGCCUCCAAACAAUACUUCACAGCUUCACUGUACUUUGUUUGUCUUAGCAAAUGGAUGGUGAAGACUGUUCCUACAGAUACAUUCCACUCCUUCAUGUGCCUUUUACAUGUGUAUCAAGGUUCUGUCUGGAUGAACUCAGGGAUGUGUAAAACUGCUAAAUGCUUGCCUAAUGUUAUGAUAAGAUUGUGCGUUUGUAGCUUAUCAGUAAUCCUUUUUUGUAAUAUCAGUAAUUGGAACAUUAAAAUACUUUUUUAAUGUUUACAAUAUUUGGAUUGAAUAUUUUGCUGCAUAUACAAAUGAUGAUAAUGUUGUAAAAAACAAAAGAACUAUAAUUUAUGUAUUUAUUACGAUUGUAAAUAAAUAGGAAGUAUAGCAGUUUCAUCUUGAAAACUGGUUGGAUUUGAGAACUUUAUAAAUAAUAGAAGUAAUGUAGGUUUUACUCCUUUGUCAAUUUGUUACAAUUUGAUCUGGACUUUAGGUAAAUAGGUAAUAGUCAUAUGCUGUCUAGUCACUUCAUGACUGAAAACAGUCCCACAUGUUCCUCAUGACACUCACAGUUCUGUGGUUCUGGAACAAGUGGUGCGAAAUUUGAGGUGUACAUUGUUUAAAUGUAUGGAAUGUCAUAAAUUUAAAUCAUGUACAUAAGAUUAUGUUGUAAUAAAAUUAUUUUGUAUU